AUGGCAUCAUCUCGUGAGUCAAAAAUCACUGGCGACACAACAAAACGCAUUCUGCUGCUAGGCGCCGGUAUGGUGUCUGAUCCUGUGGCCAAAUAUUUCGCAUCGAAACCGGAUGUUGCCGUUACAGUUGCGACUGAAUCACCGAGUGACGGUCAACGUUUGAUGUCAAUCGGCGAUAACAUCAAUUCAGUGGUAAUUGAUAUAAAUCGCGAAUAUCAACAGCUUGAUGAUCUCAUUCGGUAA